CAUGUUUAGUAGUAGUACUUUUCCUUUCCCUCGCGAGCUCAAGCGGGAGAUUUUUCCCGCUAAAAUCAUCCCUCUAUUAAAUAAUUUUAUUUUUUUAAUCAUUUCCGCUCAUCCAGAUCUUCUCCUCUCAGUCUCAAUAUUCAAUCCCAAUCGCAAAUUCUUUCAUCACCAAUUUCAAGCAAACGAUGCCUUCAAUCGCUAGUCGCAAUUCAUCUCCAUAUAAGGAGACUGUUCUCGCCGUUAAAUCUAGCACUGAAUCAACUACACCUCAAAAACGGACGUUAAGAUCUAAUGCAGCUGCAUCCCUGCAGGAGGACAGCUCCGUCUCUUCUCCGCUUAAGUCGAAAUCACCUCGCCAAUGCUUCAAUUCCACCCCAAACAGUCUCUCAAAGGACAUUGAGAAUCGUUCCGUCCAGAAUUCGUGCAACAAGAAAAUGUCUCAUGAUUUGUCCGCUGGAACUUGGAAUCCAAUUGAUAUGGAGCAAAUGAGUGCAGUGAAAGAGGCCUUGCACGUGUCGACAGCACCGGCAGCUGUUGUAUGCCGUGAAGAUGAGCAGAGAAGGAUUUUUGAUUUCUGCAAGGCUUGUAUUGAACAAGAAAAAGCUGGGAGUUUAUAUGUGUGUGGAUGUCCUGGAACUGGCAAGUCUUUGUCAAUGGAGAAAGUCAAACAACAAUUGCUUGAUUGGACUAAAGAGACUGGCUUUCAGCCUCCAGAUAUGCUGAGUAUGAAUUGUACUUCUCUAACAAACACAUCUGAAAUCUUCAGCAAGAUAAUUGGUAGGAAUUCCCCAAGAAAGAGAAUCAGUGGAUCUACUCCAUAUCUACAGCAUCUUCAAAACUUAUAUUCUCAACAGCAAGAUUUACCAGGCUCAAAAAUGAUACUACUAGUGGCAGACGAGCUGGAUUAUUUGAUUACUAAAGACCGAGCUGUUCUUCAUGAUCUUUUCAUGCUUACAACUUUCCCCUUUUCUCGAUGUAUAUUAAUAGGCAUAGCAAAUGCCAUAGAUUUAGCUGAUCGUUUUCUUCCAAGGCUUCAAUCAUUGAAUUGCAAGCCUCUGGUCAUAACUUUCAGAGCUUAUUCUAAGGACCAAAUCCUCAAAAUACUUCAAGAGAGGCUGUUGGCACUGUCUUGGACCAUUUUUCAUCCACAAGCAUUGGAGCUUUGUGCCAGAAAAGUGGCAGCUGCUUCGGGAGACAUGCGAAAAGCUCUUUGUGUUUGCAGGAGUGCAAUUGAGAUCCUAGAAGCAGAACUGAAAGAAUCAACAAGAGAUAUGAACUUGGUUGAAAUGGAAAAAGAGUUGCCUAGCUCAGCUCCAGCUCCAGCUCCAGCGUGUAGUAUUGUGAGGAUUGAUCAUAUGGCAGUUGCUUUGUCGAAAGCAUAUAGGUCACCCGUAGUAGAUACCAUUCAGUCCCUUCCUCAGCAUCAACAAAUAAUACUAUGCUCGGCUGUGAAGUUCUUUCGAGGAGGAAAGAAGGAUACAACUAUUGCAGAGCUGAAUAAAUGUUAUGCGGACAUAUGCAAGUCAACAAUGAUACCACCGGUUGGAUUUAUGGAGUUUUUGAAUAUGUGCAAAGUGCUAAAUGAUCAGGGGCUUCUCAAACUAGGUCAUUCCCGUGAUGAUAAAUUAAGAAGAAUGACACUGAAAGUAGAUGCCGCAGACAUUAGUUUUGCAUUGCAGGGUGUUCGUUUCUUUCGGAAUUGUCUCCAAUAAAUUUCAAAAUCCAUACGUUUGCUUUCAAACACUUGAACUUUGAAUUCAACGGCUAAUUGUCACCAAUUUCUCCAUCCAAUCCCAGUCGAAGCACCAUGACACCAAUUGUUCUUCUUGUGUGUUGAACGCCAAGGAACUUAUAGAAAAACAUAUGGAAACACAGAGAAAGGUCCGAGUUGCCGUUCUCAUUUUAGCAACAACUUGACAGCAAAAGCUUAGAACAGUAAACUUGAAAUACUCGUUGUACAUUGAUAUAAGGAUUUGUAUUAUGAUAAAAUACGCAUACUGUUACAGGUUUCUGAAAAAAUGUGAGAAUAAUGGCUAAAGCAUGCAAGAUGUGGAAAUUUUUAAUGGCUUCCCAAUAAUGAAAUGCUAUGCUACUUACUUGUUUAA